CCCACCUGUCACGGGUUGCUGGUUAUGAGUGUAAGAUGAAUGGCAAAUGUAUUCAUUGGACUGUGUAGGGGAAAAAAAAAGUUCAGACAUUUAAGUUAUGUAAUUAAGAAAUUAAAUUUCCAAAACUAGUAGCGUGUGGUUUGGAAAUACGUCUAGUCAAUGUUGAUUGUUGUCAUCGCUUUCAAUUAAAAGUUCAUAGUAGGUGAAUAUAUAUAUUUUUUAAAAUGACAGCUAAGCAUCGGAAGGGGAAAAAUAACCACAGGCAGGAAGAGAACUCUUUUAAGGACGACUCUUUCGAGCGGGGACCAAGAAAUGGAAAGUAUAAUACAUCAGUGAUCAUUUUAUUCUUCCUGAUUGGGGUCGGGGUUGUCACCUCCUCCUGGUUUUUCACCCAGCAACUCCAGACCAUAGGUUUCCUGACUGACAACCUCAGGGGCGUGCAGUUGAAAAUAGCACAGCUACAAACCCUCCAGGAAGAAGUCCAAAAGGUUAAUGCAAAGCUUUACAGCUCCGAGGGAUAUGAGCAGAGACUCUUCAAUCUGGAAGAAGAACACAGGCUGUUGCAGAAGCAUGUUGAAAAGUCAGUCACCACUAUUGAAGAGCUGAGAUUCUCUGAACUAGCUGCCAGAGUAUCUACACUUCAUACACAGAUGAAUACUAGACUAAAUGCCUUACAGGAGACCAUGAUCCCAAGAGAUGAGAUGAUUGAACUCCAGAGCCUAUUGGAGGUUACGACCAAAGAGUUGGAUUUGCUAAAGCAACAGGUCACUAUUGUCAUUAACACAAGCUCUCAGCAGGGAGAACACCUGAAAUCCCUCUCAGAUUCUGUCACAGAUUACCUCGGGAAGGUGGACUCUUUAGAGAAAACUUUCUCAGCCCAAGACCAAAUGCUGGAGGAGGUCCGAAAUGAGAAUUCCAUGUUGGUCCAAAAUCUAGAAGGGCUUACUAGCAGUAAUGAAAAUUUUGAGACCUUGUUGAAACAACAUACCAGUCUUGUUCACACGCUGUCGUCUCAAGUGGUGGAGCAUAACAAGGAGAUUCUGAAUCUGAAAGAUUCUGCAGCGAGUCAGAAGGUUCAGCUGGAUACAAGUGGGCAGGAACUAACAAAUAUAAGUAGUGUCUCUCUGUAUGUCAGGAAAGUGCUGCUGGUUGCUCAGUCACAGAGGACUUCACUACAAGAAGAGCUGCACUCUCUGCAGAGCAGCCUGGCUGAACAGAGCAGAGAUGUCCAGAAUACCAACAGUGAGCUCAGAACCAAGCUGGACUCUGUCCAGGAGCAGAUCAGCCAGAACACAGGGCAGUGGGAACAGAAGGAUUCCACCUUCCUAGGGGAGGUACAGAACCUCAAACAGGAACUGGACCAGCUUGAAGCCAGAGUGGGUGCAACUGUGCAGAGCUGUUUCUCUGGAGAGGUGGAGAUGAGUUGUGAGGAGUGCUCCUGGCCACUGGAGCACUUGGUUCAGUUCUCUGAACCAGCAGCGCGGCUACCUGUCAUCUCUCUGGGCCUGACUCAGGCCAGCCCUGGAAUCAGGGUGAGAGUGGCAGAUCCCGGUCAGUCUGGCUUCAAGGUGCUCAUGGACAGAGCUGGGGAGACUGGCCCCAGCACUAUAAAGGCCAGCUGGAUCGCCUGUGCCUAGAGGAACUACAGUAGCAUAGCUAGCAUAGGUCCAGACUUCCCUGGGUGCUUUGAGGGACCAGAGCUAGGCUUGAGCUCUGAAUUUGAACAUUGCAAAGACAAGUGUGAAAACUCACUGUUCCAUUUUGUGGCCUUAACAACAUAUUUUGGUGCUGGGCCCCAUGUUCCCCUGCUUCAUAUUGUUACAAAAAAAGAAAGAAAAAAAAACAUUUGAGGAAUUUUAAAUAAAUGCAUAUUUCUAUGUAUUGGGGACAAGAAAGGUUUUAAGGGCUCUAUAGGCCAAAAGGGACUUGGAAGCUUUGAUUCCGAAUGAUAUGUUCUCCUCAUGAAAAUAAACCACUACAAGUAUGCAUAUUUUGUUUGAAUAAGU